AUGGAUGAUAACGUAAACUUGACAAGCAUAGGAGAUUCCAACUCCUCAGGUUAUAAUACUUCUUCCAACCUUACUGUACAGUCACCAGAACAUCCAAAAAAGAAUAAAAAGAGACUUCGUACAACUAAAAUCAUCACAAUCAUCACCUUCUUUCUGGUGAUUCUAAUAAUUACACUGACCACAAUUUUAGCAGAAAAAUACAAACCUUCCACUGAACACAAAUCAUGCCUGGAAGACUGGAUCGGUUACCUAGGAAAGUGUUUUUAUUUUUCUGAAAACACAACAACCUGGGCAGCAAGCCAUAACUUCUGUGUCUCUCACGAAGCAACUCUUGCUGUAUUCAACACCACAAAGGAACUGGAUUUCCUGAAGCGAUAUUCUCACCAUUCUCAAUAUUGGAUUGGACUGAGCCGAAAGCCAGGACAGACCUGGAAGUGGAUAGAUGGAACCACAUACAGUGAUUGGUUCAAGGUAAUUGGAAUUGGAGAAUGUGCCUAUCUUCACAAAUUUGGGAUUAGCAGUUCCAGCACUCAUUUGGUUAGAAAAUGGAUUUGCAGCAAAAUGGACACAUGUAUUUCAAGAAGUUAA